AUGAGUUCCGAGAACGGCUGCAAGCAAAUGCAGAUCAAGAUACUAUACUCCUUCAAUGACAACCUGACGACUUUUCUAUCACGGUCGUCACAGCAGUUCCCAGUCCAGACUGUGGAAGUCCCCAUGCACUCGUCGCUAUCUGACGAACCAGAGAUGAUAACCUUGGGCGCUUUUGAAAUCGAAGGCUGUGCUCGCCAGCUACUAGAAACCAAUCCUGAAAACUUUAAGCUUCAAACCGAGGACUACGCCAUAUACUACAAAGACAUCACCGAACAGCCAGACGAGCCUUUUGUCAGUAAUGGGACGCUAUCGUCGCUUUUAAAGACAAAGGAGUCGUGUCUCAUCCCGGGCCGAGUUUGCCAGAACAUGUCCGCCAACAUCUUGUUUGGCAAAAAGGGCAACACGUCAUCUUUGACGUUGGAGAUCCGGCUUAAACUACAUACUGUUGAAGCUAGCAAAAUGCCUCAUCAGGAAUCACUAGUGCAUACAGGUAGAACGAGUACACUACCGCAACCGGCUUCUCGUCAGCCGCUGGUCUCGAGUAGUGUCUCGCGACCGGAGAGGAAAAGACCAGCUGAAUACAUGCAUUCAAGCUCAACUUCGGCCUCGGCGUCGAGCUCGAGCUCGAGCUCGAGCUCGGCGGCGACAGCGGCUGUCAAGGCAACUAGAACUUUGUCGUUGCCUUUAUCGAGCCACAUCCAUAGCAUACAGCAAGCUGAUAGAGUAUCUGCGCCGCGCUAUAACCGCGAAAGUGUUGAAAACAGAUUCAAACUGGCGUCUUUUUACCAGGAUAAGGUGGUGUUCGACAAGAGUGAAAAGCGGCAGAAGCGCUACCCAAAUAAUUUGCAACCAUUGCCACCACUACAAUCGCGAGCCAGUGCUUCUGCAUCACAGCUCCUUCCCCAGCGGGCCGUUAGAACAAGGUCGAUGUUCACUGCUUCCCCAGCGAUGCAAUCUUCGCCUGGUGCUCACGAAGACAUGUACUCUUCAGAUGACCCAGAAUACAAAGCUGGAGAAGAUCAAGAUGCACUCAUCGAAGAGGAAGGAGAAGGAGACGAGGAUGAAGAAGACGAAGAAGAGGAUUAUGAUGCUACGUCGCCCGCAACUCCUCAACAGCCCCCCUACGUGAGUAAGGAGAUCCCAUUUGAACUUCCCGAAGACUUGGAUAGCAAGCGAACGCAUACCAUAUCCAAUACGAAAUUGCCCGAGAAUCAUGGAUUGGUUUGUAUCAACUCGUGCUGCCACACUUCCAACUCCAUCAACUGGAAGUACUUUGAAACCGAAUUCAAACCUCACUUUUCAGAGCUCAUCAGAGCCACCUCGUUCAACAAAAAACACUAUGAAGGUAUGUUUGGACCGCUCUGCAAUGCGUGUUUUUUAUUUUACAAGAACAAGGGUUUCAUGCGACCCGAGCACGUGGUGAGAAAAUACAACCAGCAGCAGCGGUAUAAUGCCAAGUUGAAACUCAAGAGCGCCGGUGGCGAAGAACCAGAGCAGUCGAGACCCCCGCUCGCCGCACGGAAAAACCUCGCUUCAUCGCCAACCAACUUCCCUACUCCCUCGCAUACACCGUCGGUUAUCAACCAAGUGAUACAAAACAAGUACCAUGGCGGCGGCAACAACAACAACAGCAACAACUACUCUCUCAACAACACCAACCCAACGCCAACGAACCCAACACCGGAUAACGAGCUCAUGCAACAACUAGGCGUAUAUGGCGGGCCAUGCACUGAUAUUGACCCAUUACCGGGACACACGCCGCCGGUUGUAGCAGCAAGAUCAAACACCCGUGUGAUAAACUACGACGAAGAGCUCGACGCGCGUAAAGCUGCGAAACAAAACACACGAGUCAUCAACUUGUACCAUGAUAAUGAUGAGGACAAGGAAAACGUGCCGCCUGGUUCCGUGGUGGUACCGCCAGGACCGUCAGACUUGGCCGAGAUUGACGCUAUGCUCAAUUCGAUUCAGUGCGAUGCAAAUGCGCAGUGGAUGAACUUGUUUUCACCGCGAGACCACACUAGUCCCAACUCGAAAACACCCGUGGACCAACCAGCAACAUCUUCCAGCAAACUGGCAAAUAAUAGUACCAAUAAUAAUAACAGUAACAAUAGUUCCAAAAAAAAUCCAUCGCCAUCUAAAACGAAUUCAAGUAUGGUGAACAUGCCCAGCUCGCCCUAUUUUUCCCAAUCUGUCCCUGAAGAAGAUCACAAUGAAAUCAACGAUGAGUUGAAGCAAUUGGUCAAGAGCAGCGGGUUCCAAUCGUCACCUGAUCGAGCCAACAGGACAGACACGGCGACGUCAUUGAUGAAUUGGCAGCACCAUAGUGAUUCGGGAAGAGGAGGUCAGAUGACGGGCGCCGCUAAUAAAGACUUGGCUUCUACGCCAGGAAGUGAGAUAUUUUUCUCGAAUGAUGACUGCGGUCGAGGCAAAAAUGGCAUGAGUGUUGGCGAUGACUUGAAUUCUGAAGUCAUCUGA